CACUACAAAAAAAGGGAACAAUACAGGACACAGGACCGGUCUCUGUGUUGUUUACACGUCAAAACGGUCAAAACUCAUUAUUGCUGGAAAUUCGAUAAAAUGUUAUCACCGUUUAUUCAUCAUAGACUUUGAAAGAGCAAUUAUAAUCCAUUCGAAUAAAAAACAUUUCGUAAUUGUUAUAAUCGCGAUGCCACGUCAUCACAGACCUGUGAAAUCUGGAGAGACGUCAACAACCUCUACUCGUCCAACAUAAACAUCAGUUAUAGGAAAUUUAAAAAAUAUAUAUAAAUCAUAAGUGACAUAAAUAUCAAAUAAAUAAUUUUGCGAAAGAAAUUUUUUAAAAUCCGUCAAAAUGCAGAAACCUCCCUUGAGCCUCAUACUCUCUGGCGUUUUUUUCGGUUAUAUUAUUUAUUCCCUUUAUUCGCUUUCUCAACUCUUUGUCCCUCCUCCCUGUGACAAUGAAGAAACGUGUCUAAAAUCUUAUUUAAGGAACAAUCCCAAGCUGGAACUUUACUUAUUUUCUUCUCCAACAAGCCGUCCAAACUCUAAUGAAGUUUUGCCGGUUUCCUACGUUUCCCCAUUCAAUUACAGCUCUACUUUUGAAAUGCCCGUCAAUAUGAAAAUUCCCAACAGGACACGAAACAACGGAACCCUGUUCCUGCACAUUUUUGUUGUUCCGUUGGCCAGGGGCAAAAAAUCGUUCCAGCAACUUCAUCGAAGUCCAGACUUCGCUUACACGAGAAUAAAAAUGACCCAAUUUGUCGUACCUCGAGCAGAAACGUUCAAUCUUCUCGGAGAUAAAAAAAGUAAUCACGAGGAAAAUGCAAAAAAGGAAAAUCGAACAAAAGUUCAAUCACAUUUGAGAAGUCGAGUUACUUUUACGAUGAUGACGGACGAUGUAAAAUUGCCUCUAUACAAUCUGCCGCUGGAACUCGCUCAAGACAUAAAGAUAACUCAAGAUGGUGUGUUUUGGCCUAUUGUAAAAUAUGAUUUUUUGCAAACGAGGCACACUGAUUUAGUGCUCAUUGAUAAAAAUGUCGAGGAAAUGAACGUUACUAUUACUUACACUCCGGUGAGCCUUGGAAAACUCAGAUUGGUUUUGCACAUCGAAGCAGCGAUGGAAGGGCUCAAAAAAGUUGGUUUCUCCGACAAAGACGUUGACGAAGCCAAAGGCAUUUAUGCCAAUACGAAUCUUUACCUUCUCGCUGGAACCGUUUUCAUCGCUUCGAUUCAUUUGCUGUUCGAUUUUCUCGCUUUUAAAAACGAUAUAAGUUUCUGGCGAGGUAAAAACAGCCUCGAAGGUCUGAGCACGACAACGAUAGUUUGGCGAGCUUUCAGCCAGACGAUCGUAUUCCUGUACCUUUUGGACGAGCAUACGUCGUUGCUCAUUCUCAUUCCUGCUGGAAUUGGAACCCUCAUAGAGCUAUGGAAAACGAAAAAAAUCUUGAGGAUCGAAAUUCAAAGGGGCGUUGGAUUUUUACCAAAAAUCAAAAUUCAGAGUCACAAGAGUGAUUCAGCUGAAGCGAAGACUCGAGAGUUCGAUGCUGAAAGCAUGAGAUACUUGAGUUAUCUUCUGUAUCCACUCGUUAUUGCUGGUGCAAUUUAUUCCCUUUUGUAUCAACCGCACAAAAGUUGGUACUCUUGGAGCAUAAAUUCAUUGGUGAACGGAGUUUAUGCUUUUGGAUUUUUGUUCAUGCUGCCGCAGCUUUUCGUGAAUUACAAACUGAAAUCCGUUGCUCACUUACCGUGGAGGUCGUUUAUGUACAAGGCGUUUAACACUUUCAUCGACGACGUUUUUGCCUUCAUAAUAACGAUGCCAAUGGCUCACAGAGUCGCCUGUUUCCGUGACGAUGCAGUCUUCCUCGUUUAUCUUUAUCAAAGAUGGCUUUACCCAGUGGACAAGAGCCGCAGAGACACAGCAACGAUAAUGGAAGAGCCAAGCGGUUGCAGCUCGUUGCCAGAAGACAGCAAGAAAAAUGAAUAAAUUUUAUGUUUUCAAUACUCGAAAUAGAGUUGAAAAAGUUGACUGAAAUUGAAAAUAUUCAGUUCAGCUAUAUUCAUUCCGCAGGCUUUAUAGUAAAAAAUGUAGAAAUUUUUUACUUUUUACACGUAUGAAAAAAGAGAAUAGAAAACUGAACACUGAAAAGAAUUCCUUACUAAGUUCGAUUUAUCCCAUGAACAGAAAAUUUCGAAAAUUUGUAUUCGAAAAUCAGAAAAAAAAUCAAUAAAAAAACGAGUAGCUUCGCGAA